UUGGAAAAGGGUGGAGGAAAGAAGAAAGGUCUCCAUGGGGUCACCCCCAUGGGGGAUAACCUAGUUGGAUGUAAAAAGGGGUAGGACCUCACCUUCCAGCCACAGCCUUGUCUGUCCCAGGCCCAGUGCCAGUGCUAUCAUGACGAAGGAGUAUCAAGAUCUCCAGCAUCUGGAUAAUGAGGAGAAUGACCACCAUCAGCGCUGGAAAGGGCCACCACCUCCCAAGCCCUUCUUACAGCGUCUCUGCUCCGGACCCUGCCUCCUCCUGUUGUCACUGGGCCUCAGCCUCCUGCUGCUGGUUAUUGUCUGUGUGAUUGGAUCUCAAAACUCCCAGCUGCGGGGGGAGCUGCAGGGCCUGAGAGACACCUUCAGCAACUUCACAGUGAGCACUGAGGCGGAAGUCAAGGCCCUGAGCACCCAGGGAGGCAGUGUAGGAAGAAAGAUGAAGUUGCUGGAGUCCCAGCUGGAGAAACAGCAGCAGGACCUGAGUGAAGAUCACUCCAGCUUGCUGCUCCACGUGAAGCAGUUUGUGUCUGACCUGAGAAGCUUGAGCUGUCAGAUGGCUGUCCUUCAGGGCAAUGGCUCUGAAAGGACCUGCUGCCCUAUUAACUGGGUGGAGCUCGAAGGCAGUUGCUACUGGUUUUCCCAUUCUGCGAAACCCUGGCCUGAGGCUGAUAAGUACUGUCAGCUGGAGAAUGCCCACCUGGUGGUGGUAACCUCCUGGGAGGAGCAGAGAUUUGUUCAGCACCACAUGGGCCCUAUAAACACUUGGAUGGGCCUAACUGAUCAAAAUGGGCCCUGGAGAUGGGUGGACGGGACUGACUAUGAAAAAGGAUUCAAGAACUGGAGACCAGAGCAGCCAGAUAACUGGUUCGGACAUGGGCUCGGAGGAGGCGAGGACUGUGCUCACUUUACCCCCGAUGGUCGCUGGAAUGAUGAUGUCUGCCAGAGGCCCUACCGCUGGGUCUGCGAGACAGAGUUGGGCAAGGCCAGCUAGGAGUCUCCCUCCCUCUAAUUUAUUUUCUUAAUGCCUUGAGCUGCCAAGGUCUGGAAUUGGGAAUCCUCCUACCUUGGGGGUCUCCACAUUC